CUCUGGACGGUUCGUAGCGGAGGUUCGUCGUGCGUUGAUUAGUCCAAGUUCAAGUCUGCAAGCAGUUUGCGCGCGCGCUUCUUGAGCCACGUGUUCAAUCUUGUAUAAAGAGUGAGUGCGUUCGCCGGGGUCAACGCCGUGUUCAAGUGUGAGACCGUGAGGAGAAAGUAUCGAGGUCAACGGUGCGAGUGGUGAUCUUUCCCGCGAGCGAUGGCUUUGAGUAGGUUGGCCAAGUUCUGCGUUCAGCGGCAGAUGGCCCUAGGAGGACAUGCCCUGAGGGUGGCGGCCGGAACAUCUGGAACGAUUGAAGAGCAACGGUUUCGCAUCCAAACGGUGCGCCACAUAAGUUCCAGUUUGGCCGCGGGUGAAAAACUGGCCACGGCCAAGGCAGUCCAGAAGCACGACUGGAACCGGGCCGUCAGUGAGGCGGAGAAGAUCGUCGGUUAUCCGACGUCGUUCCUGAGCCUGCGCUGGCUGCUCAGUGACGAGAUUGCGAAUGUGGCGUUGCACUUGCGUAAACUGGUUGGCAGCAAUCAUCCACUGCUGAAAACGGCAAAAACGCUAGUCUACAACGAUAAAAACCAACAAGCUUGGGGUCUGAUCGUGCUGCUGGUCUCAAAAGCCGCCGGCCAUGCGGCAUCGAUUCCAGAAAUGGAUCAGGACAAAAGUGCGGGAGUGCUUCACUCUCAACGAGCCCUGGCAGAAGUAACCGAAAUGAUUCGCACUUCCCAUCUGAUCCACCAGGGCAUAAUUAAUCUGCAGUCGAUGGACAACGCCGGCAAUGACCUUAGCGGGGACAGCGAGAUGAUCUUCGGUAACAAAAUGGCCUUGCUGGGUGGAGACUAUCUGCUAGCCAACGCCAGUCAACAGGUGGCUAACUUGAGGAACCAAGAUUUGAACUUGCUCAUUUCAUCCGCCUAUCGCGAUCUUGCCGAGUCGAACUUUAUUGGAGAUCGAGACGAGCAGAACAAUCCCCUGCCUUCGAAGCCUUCUACGGCGGUCAGUACUUCGUCGCCAGACUGUAGGUUGGAUGAGCUUGAUUUUGGUGACCUUGAGGACAACACUCAGUCCAUGGAUGUUGAACGGGCUUUGGGACAUCCCGAAAAGGAGUGGUCUUUGCGACACGUGUUAGGGGGUGGAAGUUUGCUUGGCAAGAGUUGCCAAGGGGCACUGAUGUUGGCCGGCAGGUCCGAAGAGAUGCAGAAGCAGGGAUACUUGUUUGGACGGCAUUUAUCGUUGGCGUGGCAAGCCUGCAUCGAUCUACAGCCAUUCCUGUUGAGCAAUCUACCUCAAGGAUCUCAAUUCAGUCUCGUUUCCGCACCUGUCCUCUUCCACCUGGAGUACGAUCCGAGCAUUUACGCAGAGAUCGAAAAAGGUCGAAAUUCGAUCGAAGAAAUUGACUACAGCAGUUUGCACAAGGCAAUCGGCACCGGUCCGGGUCUGGAACGAACGAAAAACCUCAUGAAGAAGCACAGCCACGCGGCCAUGGCGGUUCUGGACCGGCUAGAACCUUCGGAUGCGCGGACCGCGCUGCAGAACAUCAUCCUGGCCAUGCAGGAGCUGUAACGGUCGUUUUGGACAGAGAAGAAAGCUUACAACAUUUGCCGCGAGGUGUCGUCGUGGUAGUUGUGUGCGUGAGAAUAAAGAAGUGUGAGUGUGCAACGAAAAGUGACGUACGGAGAGAGAAAACCUGCGCGUGUGUGAGUGACAGAAGUAAACAAAACAAAUAUGAUGUUGCAUCACAGCUGAAUGUUGAAUGAAGGUGUCGUAAAAAUUAAAAACCUGCAAAAAAUCUUUGAGCAAAGCGCAAUCAAAAAGUGUGGACGAGUUUAGUGUUGACGGGAGGAAGGUAAUAACGUAAUCGCGCAGUGAACAGUAUUCAGAAGAAUCAAUAAUUAGUUAAAAAGUGCUCAAAAUUAGUCUUAUCUGAAAUGUCGAAGUGUGGUCGUGAGUGAAAUUUGUGAUGUAAAUAAAGGAAGAGAGUGUGAGAGCGAGAGAGAGAGAGCUCAACCAGCGUAAAUAAAG